CAUCACCGAGAGGUCCGAGACCUUGCAAUAGCGGCAUCGUCGUCUGCAAAUCUCGAAGCGAAGAUGAAAAUUGUGGCGGCUUAUCUCCUGGCCGUCCUCGGCGGCAACCCCAACCCCUCCGCCGAUGAUAUCAGAUCCAUCCUUCAAUCAGUGGGAGCGGAGGCAGAGGAUAAGAGGAUCAACCACUUCCUCGCGGAAGUCAAGGGCAAGGACAUAACGGAAGUCAUCGCUGCCGGUCGGGAGAAGUUCGCUUCCGUGCCCUCUGGUGGCUCUGUGGCUGCCAUCGGGGUCGCCGCCCCUGGUAGCGGCGGCGCGGGCGGCGCCCCAGCUGCAGAGGAGCCUAAGAAGGAGGAGAAGGUGGAGGAGAAGGAGGAAUCCGACGAGGUAAAACUCCCUGUCUUUCCCUCCCGCAAAUUUUCGUUUCCGACAUAA